AGGGCGUCGACAAAGAAGGGAGCAAUUGCGGCGUGGAAGCUUCCUAACGGUGACGUUAUCGUUACGUCUCCGGACAUUGAAACGAAGAACUAGCACUUAGCAAAUGGAAGGUGGAUUGGAGCGGCCUUCGGUGAAUCGGCAAAGUAAAGAGGACGUUUGUAGUCCUUAUAAAAGGAAUGUUGAAGAGAGAGCUAAAGGAUGUUACUAAGGAGGACUUCGGCAAACAGGUAGGCCUGACGACGGUCGAUAAGGUCAAGUUCCGGAUCCCGACGAUCGCGGGAGUGAUGAGAGCAAUGGCACUAGUCACUCUGACUAGCCAGGAAGAGGCGAGGAGGGCCUGCGAGGGCAGGGUGGUUAGGCGUGCCUAGAUUCUAGAUUGCGAGCCGUACUAGGCUGCUCUCUAGGCAACCUGAUGCUACCGAUGAUAGGAGUAGGGACAUACCCAGCGGUUCUGGAAGAAGUCAUCGCUGUGCCCC